CGCCGUCGGGGUAGAACGUGCGACCCGCCGCUCGCCCGCCUCUGCUCGCGCCCUCUUUAUUUAAUUAGUGUCGUAUAAACUGAGCUCACGUGGAAAUAAAUAAGUUUCGUGAAAUAAGGAAUGACUAGCUGAAGCAGUCAAGACAUAACUGAUGUUCUAGCAAAAUGCCAUGAAUGCGUCGAGGAUGGAGCGAGCGGGGAGGCGUGCGAAGGCCGGUUCGCUGAGCGGAUUGUCGGGCGGUGUGCCGGGCGGUGUGCCGGGCGGCACGCCGAGCGUGCGACGACAACGUUCGCUCGAAUGGGGCGGGGACCGGUACAGCAGCAGCGAUGAUGACCGCCCGCAGCAAGCGCCACCGCUCGCCGACCGAGUAUUCGCUUCGCUCCUUGCUCAGGCCACCCAGCAAUUUGAUGAUGAACAGCGAAGAAUAUAUGGAUCAGAAGGCGGCGAGGAACCUCCUCGUUAUGUCAGCAGUCCACAGCGUCAAGCAUCACCUUUUCCCUUAGAAAGUACAAAUAGAAGGUACUAUCGGAGAAACAGAAAUUCUAAAGGUGAGGAGAUAUUUAGCAAUGAUGCGACAGGCGGCACCCUAUCACGUCGUCGUCGUGCGGACGAUUUUGGGCUGGAUAACGCUGCGAGAAACCAACGACAUUGUCUUAAUAAUGGUCCAACAAGUGAUGCACCAAACGAGCGCGAAUGUGAUUCACCACCGGAACCAGCACCACCAGAGGUGCCUCCAAGAGGUCCCUCGUUGCACGUGACUCUACGACACCGGCCCGUGCCUUGCGAACAGUCCACCGAACCUGACCGCCUCUACUUGUCUGAAGAAUUCGUGAUGUCUGAAGGCGCCGGUGCAGCGAGCUCGUUUCCAGCACGUUCCCCUAUGUCUAGUUCCACUACGGGACAUUCGAGCUCUAGUCAUCACAGGUUGGGCAAUGCAGCGAUGUCCAGCGGCAUGGGUGGCGGCACCCUCGGUAGCGGGCACUGUCAACUCGCCAAUCAGCCCCUCGUAAUGCCGGUGUUUCCACUUAGAGCCAGCCAACCGAGCCCAGUGCCAGUCUACUCACCUUCAAGAUUCCACAUAGACAAGCGAUGUCAGCAUCGGUGCACGUGGAAAUGUCUUGCCAUAGCUAUGAUAUGCCUUUGCGUCAUCUUAGCGGCAAUGCUUGCCUACUUUAUAGCGUUAUCGUCAAUUAAAAGUAAUAUAGACAAUUCAAAUUGCAUCUUAGUACAAGAUGUAAAAGCAGUAACACAUGCCCAAGGAGUUAGAGAUGCUUUAUCAACAUCAUCACCGUCGGACGAAUCGAUAUCGACAUCAUCACUAGGAGGAUGGUCGUCAACAGCAGAAGCUGCUUUAGAAUCAGCAGUAAUACCACAACAAGCACAACAAGCUGCGCCUCCACCCUGGUCACCUGCGUUAGAAGUAAGAGAGUUUGAUGAACUACAUAGCGCGAUUAUACCUGCCUACCAAUUCUGGAGUUCAGAAUUCCGAAAUAAACAACCUGCUUAUGUUAGCCUUAAUUUCACUGUGCCCUGGGGUGCAAAUUUUGCAGUUUAUGGUAGACGAAAUGUUGCUCCUAGUGUUACCCAAUACGACUUUGUAGAAUUCAUAAGAGGAGGAAGGGUCGACCAUAGACUUAGAAGAAGACGCAGUCCGCAUAAACAGGAUUUUCAUCGAAAUCUUGAUGACUGGGAUGCGUUACUAAGCACGCUUACCCCAUUUCAAAGAUGGAACCAUACGAUAAGCAAAAGAUCCACAGAUAUGAGAGUGAAUGUUAGUAUAUUACAGUACCUCGAUACAGGAAGAUGGUUCAUUUCGAUAUACAAUGAUGAACUCCAGCCACAUAGCGUUGAAAUGAUUGUAUCUGAAGCUGAAGGUGUCACAAAUUCAUGCCCCGAUGACUGUUCUGGUCAUGGAUCAUGUUACUUAGGAAAAUGCGAAUGUAUGGAUGGCUACGAGGGUCACGACUGUUCAAAGAGCGUUUGUCCUGUAUUAUGUUCUGGCCAUGGUGCUUAUGCGGGAGGAAUAUGCCAUUGUUCUGAAGGAUGGAAAGGAGCAGAAUGCGAUGUACCGGCUCAUGAUUGUGAACCAGCUGACUGCUCAGGUCGAGGUCAAUGUAAUGCUGGACAUUGCCAUUGUAAACCUGGUUGGAAAGGACCCAAAUGUGAUGAAGAGGAUUGUCUGGACCCAACGUGUGGAGGGCAUGGCUCCUGUGUUCGCGGGCGGUGUGUAUGUAGAGCAGGAUGGCGGGGCGCUGCUUGCAGUGAGCGUGAUGCACGUGUCCAACGUUGUCUACCAGCUUGCUCACAACGCGGCAUUUACGAUUUAGAUGCUGGACGAUGUGUAUGCGAUCCGCUUUACACAGGCGAUGAUUGUUCUCAAGUGGUUUGUUCGUUGGACUGCGGCCCUCACGGCGUGUGUGCAGAAGGAGUUUGUAGAUGUGAUGAAGGUUGGACGGGUUCUUUAUGUGAUCAGAGACCGUGUGAUCUCAGAUGCCACGAUCAUGGACAAUGCAGAAAUGGGACUUGUGUCUGUACACAGGGCUGGAACGGCAAACAUUGCACGCUUCCUGGUUGCCCGAACGGAUGCUCUCGCCACGGCCAAUGCCUUUUGGAAGAUGGAAUUUACCGCUGCUCUUGCUCUGAUGGUUGGGCUGGUACUGACUGUUCUAUUGCCCUCGAACUCACUUGCACAGAUAACGAAGAUAAUGAUCAAGAUGGCAUGACGGACUGCUCCGAUUCUGAAUGCUGCACACGCUCCGAGUGCGCAGAGCACAUCAUGUGUCUAUCCUCUAACGACCCCGUAGAAGUAUUACUUCGUAAGCAACCUCCUUCUGUUACUGCCUCCUUCUAUCAGCGAGUCAAGUUCCUCAUAGAAGAGAACUCUGUACAGAGUUACGCACACAUGGAUGAAUAUUCGGAGAGCGAGUUCUGGAAUUCCUUUACACCAUGCCGUGUAUCCGUGAUGCGGGGGCAAGUGGUAUCACCGCAAGGGCUUGGCAUCAUCGGCAUCAGAGUGUCCGUGGACCGGGAAGCCCGGUUUGGAUUCACUCUCACCAGGCAGGGCGGAUGGUUCGAUGUUUUGGUGAACGGCGGUGGGGCUGUGACUCUUCAGUUCCAGCGUUCGCCAUUCAAACCCCUGAGGAAGACUGUCUUCGUGCCAUGGAAUCAGAUCGUCGUGCUGCCGCCAGUUGAGAUGGAACUUAGUGACGAUAGUGUUAAAGUGCCAACACCAAGAGCACCGCCAAGACUGGACUGGUCACCGACACCUCAGUGGUGGGAAUCAAAAGUGCCUCCUUGCGCGGCACAUGACCACGAACGGCUACGACCCGAAGUGGUUGCCGUGCCACCGCUAGCCGCGCCUGCAGCUUCUUCCCACGUCACCACCACCAUCAUAUACCCAGAGGCUCAGAUCGUAAGCGAAUCCAUCGGCAUUCCGGGCUCAUCAGUGAAGUUAACGUACCGGUCAUCGCAAGCAGCAGGCUACUUGUCGUGCGUGCACGUGCAGCUGACGCGACGCGCGGUGCCCGCGGCGCUGGCGCGCGUGCACGUGCGCGUCGAGAUCGAAGGCUCGUUGCACACCCACACAUACGAGGCCGAUCCAGAUCUGACACAUGUCUUCGCUUGGAACAAACGGAAUGUUUAUAAACAGAAGGUUUACGGCCAAGCUCAAGCUAAGAUCUCCAUCGGCUAUGAGUACUCGUCCUGUACAUCCAUUGUUUGGGAAACACAGACCGCAACUCUGGCUGGAUUCGAUGUCGACAUCUCAGAUAUAGGAGGCUGGGGACUCGACAUCCAUCAUCAUUACAAUUUCCACGAAGGCAUACUACAAAAAGGCGAUGGAGCUUUGUUACAUUUAAAACAAUAUCCUAGAACUGUGCAGGUGGUAAUGGGAACGGGUCUUCAACGGAGCUUGGACUGCCCCGACCACUGCAAUGGCAAGGCAGCUGACUCUCGCCUCUUGACACCUACAGCAUUAACCUCAGGCCCUGAUGGAUCACUUUAUGUAGGCGACUUCAACCUUGUACGACGUAUCACUCCUGAAGGCGUUGUCACCACUGUCCUUCAAUUAGAAACGACUCAAGUCGCGUAUCAAUAUUACAUCUGCAUAUCACCAGCUGAUGGAAACCUCUACAUAUCAGAUUCAGAGAAACAUCAAGUUCGUAAAGUAUUGCUGUUAGAAAAAGUACGUGAUCCGGCACUGAAUUCGGAACCUGUUGUCGGAAAUGGUGAUCGCUGUGUACCUGGAGAUGACUCUAAUUGUGGAGAUGAAGGACCCGCUAUAAAAGCCAAGCUAGCGCAUCCUAAAGGUCUUGCUAUAGCUGCAGAUAGAACUAUGUACAUCGCCGAUGGAACGAAUAUACGAGCAGUUGAUCCCAAUGGAAUCAUUCAUACAUUAGUCGGUCAUCAUGGCCAUCAUAAUCAUUGGUCCCCUGUUCCUUGCCGUGGCGCCAUACCUCCUUAUGAAGCUCAAUUACAGUGGCCUACUGGAGUAGCUCUAUCUCCGCUGGACGGAUCUUUAUAUUUUAUAGAUGAUAGAAUCAUACUAAAAUUAACUGUUGAUAUGAAAAUUAAAGUGGUUGCUGGCCAACCAUCACAUUGCCGUAUAGGAAGUGACGGAAAACCAAUUGUAAAAGCUACCAAUAAAACUAACACAGAAUUCAGAGAAGAUUCAAGUUUGGGCACGAUAUUAGCAAUAGCAUUUGCACCAAGUGGUAUUUUAUAUGUGGCGGAGUCUGAUUCUAAGAAAUCCAAUACAAUAAAGUCUAUUGACCCGUCAGGAAAGAUAAUGCAUUUUGCUGGCAAAGUGCAAGAAAACUUAAAAGAAUUAAGCUGCGAAUGUAACUCAUCUGUAUCAGCAACAGCAGUUCCUAUGAACAGCAGAGAUGAAGGGGCAGGAUGUCCAUGCAAAUUGAGUGUGGCAGCGGGUGAUGAGCCGCCUACUAGUACUGAGACACUUUUAUCAUCUAACGCCAAAUUCCAAACGAUAUCUGCCCUUGCUGUUACGCCGGAUGGUGUUUUAAAUGUUGUUGAUCAAGGAUCACUUCACAUACUUGCGCUAAAACAUUACUUACCCACACACGAUGAAAAUGGAGAAUUUAGAAUACCUUAUCCACCUACGUCAGAAAUUUAUGUAUUCAAUCGCUAUGGACAACAUAUCACAACAAAAGAUUUAACAUCUGGAAAAACAAGAUAUUCAUUCCUUUACUCUAAAAACACAAGCUUCGGCAAAUUGUCUACUGUAACAGACGCCUCAGGAAAUAAAAUUCAAUUACUAAGAGAUUACAGUAAUGUCGUUAGCUCUAUUGAAAAUACUCAAGAUCACAAACUGGAACUAAAAAUAUCUGGAAUCGGAUACUUAACUAAAAUAACAGAGAAAGGCACAUCUGAAAUUGAAUUGGAUUAUGAUGCUAAUUCAGGACUUCUCAAUAGUCGAUCUGGAUCUGGUGACACAGUUAUCUACAACUAUGAUGAACUUGGCCGUGUAACUAAAAUAAUUAUGCCCUCUGGAGAACAAGUACACAUUUCAUCAGGCUUAGCUAAAAACUAUGGAUUGGCAGUAACUGUAUCAAAUCCAUCAAGUACUAUUCCUGUUGGAGUAGCUAAAAAAUGUGAAUAUGUUCUACAUGGACAAUCGUUCAAACAGAUAACUAUAAACAACGGUAAACAAAUCACGGAAGGUCGAAUUUAUACAAACAACACGUUGCUUCUUGAAACGCCGUGGUCAGGGAAAUUCGAGAGUAUCGCGGCAGCAAAACAUCCUCUAUUGGAGGCUGCUCUUCCUAUAGAAGCAGAAAUGCUUCAUAUGUGGUCUCAUCAAACUACUACAUUUGGCGAUAGCCUUGUAAAUAAUAUGUACUCCUUGUAUACAUUAGUUGGCGAUGUUAGAAACCCGCAGCAGACCCUAAAUCGUGAGAUAUGGGUUAAUGACUCCAGAGUAUUGAUUAUUGAAUUCGAUCAAUUCAAGAGCCGCGAGACAUUUUUCAAUGUAGACAGAAACCCUCUAUUUACAAUAGCCUAUGAUGUUGCCGGAUUACCGCUUUCAUUUACACCUCAUGAUGCUGGUGUGCCGUUAAAUAUUUCUUAUGAUAGAUUCUACAGAAUCAACGGUUGGAAAUGGGGAGACACUGAAGAAACAUAUAGUUACGACCCACAUGGAAUGCUAUCUGAAAUUACCAGUCCCCAAGAUGGUACCAAAUUUAUUUACUACAAUGAAGGCAAUCUAGUUUCCAAAAUUACUUUAGCAAGUCAGAGAAGUUUCAAGUAUCUAUAUGAUGAUGACGGUGGUUUGACCCAUGUUAUUCUACCAUCGGCUACUAACCAUUCUUUUAGCGUACAACCUUCCAUAGGAUUUUUAAGAGUCACAUACACACCCCCAGGUUCCUCUAAGAAAUAUCUUCAACACUAUUCUCAUACUGGCGAAUUAUUACAAACCGUAUUUCCUGGAGAUGGAGCUAGAGUGGUUUAUAGAUACUUCACUACUAACAAAGUAUCUGAAGUCGUCCAUGGUGAUGGCCAAACUCAAAUUCAUUACUCAGAAAAUAGUGGCCUUCCUUCAGAAAUCUUACAUGUUGAUCGUGAUGUCGAUUAUCGAUGGGAGUCGACAUACGCUGGUGGGCUUUUGAUAGAGGAAAGACUUGACUAUGGAGCCAAAACAGGAUUAAGCAAUGCUAAAAUAAUAUAUGAAUAUGAUAACAAUUAUAGAAUAACUUCUGUUCAGGGAAGAAUUGGUGGUCAAACUCUUAUACCACAUCAUAUUGUAUAUAACACUAAAACAGGCUCUCCAGAAAUUCUAGGUCAGUUCACUGUAUCAAAACAGAAAUGGAAUGAGACUUCCGUAUACGAUGGAAUAGCAAUGUUCUCUCGUGCACUCAACGAACAAUUCCUAGAAAAAGAAGUGACAGUUAAUAUUCAUAGAAUGGAAGUAUUUAGAAUGGAAUUCUCUUAUGACAAACAUGGAAGAAUAUCACAAACACGAACUCACACCAGAAAUGUAGGAGUCAAUACUUACACUAAUGUCAAAAACUAUACAUGGGACUGUGACGGCCAGUUGACGGGUGUCGAAGCACAAGAACCUUGGGGCUUUAGAUACGACGAUAAUGGAAACAUGCUGUCGUUAACUUAUAGAGGAAAUACCAUACCAAUGGAAUACAACGACAUGGACCGUAUCAUUAAGUUUGGCGAAGGACAAUAUAGAUAUGAUAGCCGAGGAUUGGUGUCCCAGAAUGCUAGAGAGGAACGGUUUCAAUACAACUCGAAAGGACUACUGAUUAGAGCGACCAAACGAGGGCGAUUUGAUGUUCGCUAUUAUUAUGACCAUUUGGACAGGUUAUCCACUCGAAAAGAUAAUUUCGGAAAUGUUACUCAAUUUUUCUAUACAAACAAGGAAAGGCCUCAUGAAGUUAGUCACAUUUAUUCCCCACGUGAGAACAGAUUUAUGACACUGGUGUAUGAUGAUAGGGGACAUCUUAUUUACACACAGGUCGCAAGACACAAAUACUACAUUGCUACGGAUCAGUGUGGAACUCCUGUAAUGGUGUUUAAUCAAUAUGGAGAAGGAAUCCGAGAAAUAAUGAGGUCACCCUACGGCCACAUCGUUUACGAUUCUAACCCUUACCUGUAUUUGCCAGUAGACUUUUGCGGCGGUCUUCUUGAUCAAGUGACUUCAUUGGUGCACAUGGCAAAUGGCAAAGUUUACGAUCCGCUGAUCGGACAGUGGAUGUCUCCACUGUGGGAAAGCCUAAUUGAGAGAAUACAUAACCCGACUCAAUUACACUUAUACAGAUUUAAUGGAAACGAUCCUAUCAAUGUCAGACCACAAAACAAGAAACCAACAGAUCAUUUAUCAUGGUUAAAAUUACUCGGCUACGACACAAAGAGUUUAGCUCCACAAUUAUACCCGGAUGAACUGCCAGGCGGCUCAGUACUUCCAAGCAUUCCUCGCGGUCGCCCUGUCUGGGGUACCGCACCGACUGAUUCCAGCCCCGGCCUGCCUUCUGCUAUGUCACUGCUGCCUAGCGUCACUAUCGAGUCCGGCUUCCUUUCUCACAUGUCCAAUAAGAGAAUUGCGGACUUCCGAAGCCUGUCGAUACCAGCGAUGUCAGCAUUAAAAACUGACGCACUCAAUUUGGCACCAAAACGCAUCGGCUCCGACUCGGAGCCACCGUUCGGACGAGGCAUUCUCGUGUCACGAAACUCUCGCGGUCGCGCCGUUGUCACAGCCGUACCGUCUGCGAACGCGAUCUACAGGGACGUAUACACGUCGGUGUUUAAUCGAUCUCAUUUACUGCCGUUCUCGUUCGUUGUGCACGGCGACCAACAAGACGUGUUUUACUUCGUCAAGGAAGAAACGUGGCGUGCGGCCGACGACAAGCAGCAGCUGAAACGCAUGCAGGGUAAACUGAACGUGACGUUCCACGAGGUCGCAGAAGGCGGCCGCUCGUAUGCGGACGUAAAAAUUCACGGGCGAACGAGCAUAGUGAAUUUGCGAUAUGGCACUAGCGCAGAACGAGAGCGGCAGCGACUGCUUCAUCACGCCCGCGCCGCCGCCGUCCGUAAGGCAUGGCACCGCGAGCGCGAAGCGUUACGCGGCGGACUCGGCGGCUCGCUCGACUGGUCAGCAGCCGAGUUAGACGAGAUACAGAAGGCGGGCUCGGCGAGUGGCUACGAGGGCGAGUACGUGCACGACGUAGCACGGUACCCAGAACUCGCCGAAGACCCGUACAACGUGCGCUUCGUAAAGAAACGGACGGACCGCGCUGAACGUCGUCGGCGGAAGCGUUCGACAUGCCGCGCGCCCUGGUGGCUCGCGAGCGACUGCUAGUGAUGAUCCACUAGUGACCCGCUAGUAUCCGCUAGUGCGCCGUCGCAUGCCGCCAUCCAUAUGCCAAAUCGAGUGAAUGUGAGUUCGACACGUGUGUGAACGGUGAUGGAUGGACCCAAGUGUGACUGUGAAUAAUAUAUUUUGUAAAUAGUCUCUAUUAAUUGUUAAUUGUUGAUGUAUGUAUGUAUGGUAGACGCGAAUCCCUAUCGCUGUGUAAAUAAUAAAGUUUAAUUUGCAGGGAGAGAAUGGACCUUUUGAGAGGACUGAUAUUAAAUAAAUGUAAUGUAUGUAUAAAUAAGACAAUUUAUGUGAAUAUGAAAUUAUUUAUACUUAUUUAUCGGUAAAAAAGCUUCGAUUGUGUCCAAUGUUCUUAUAAAAUUUAGAUGAAAACUAUUUGAAAGAAUAAAAAGGCAUACUUUUUUAACCAAA